CCUCCCCAAGAUGGCGGCGCCCGCGGCCUGGCGCGCCCGGAGCGGCUGGUUCUGGGAGGCAGCGGCGGCCGCGAGCAUGGAGGCCGCGUCCCGGGAGGCGGCGCCGGCGCAGAGCUCGGCCUCGGGCCCCGGCGCGCCCCCCGCCCUGUUCGAGCUGUGCGGGCGGGCGGUGAGCGCGCACAUGGGGGUCCUGGAGAGCGGGGUCUGGGCCCUCCCAGGCCCAAUACUGCAAAGCAUCUUACCUCUGCUCAAUAUAUAUUACUUGGAGAGAAUUGAGGAAACUGCCCUCAAGAAAGGCCUCUCCACUCAGGCCAUCUGGCGUCGACUAUGGGACGAGUUAAUGAAGACAAGGCCUUCCAGUUUGGAAAGCGUGACCUGUUGGAGAGCCAAGUUCAUGGAGGCCUUUUUCUCCCACGUGCUUCGUGGGACGAUCGACGUGUCUUCUGACCGGCGUCUGUGUGACCAGCGCUUCUCGCCUCUCCUGCACAGCUCCCGCCACGUCCGGCAGCUUACCAUCUGCAACAUGCUGCAGGGCGCAACCGAGCUGGUGGCCGAGCCCAACCGCAGGGUUCUGGAGACCCUGGCCAGCUCCCUGCACACCCUCAAAUUCCGUCACCUCCUGUUCUCUGACGUGGCUGCCCAGCAGUCCCUCAGGCAGUUGCUUCACCAGCUCAUCCACCACGGGGCUGUCAGCCAGGUGUCGCUGUACUCCUGGCCCGUGCCCGAGUCGGCCCUCUUCAUCCUCAUCCUCACCAUGAGUGCUGGGUUCUGGCAGCCAGGCCCUGCUGGGCCGCCCUGCCGCCUGUGUGGCGAGGUGUCCCGGGGCCGGGCCCCGUCCCGCGAGGAAGGCUCCCUCUUGCUGGGCUCACGCCGACCUCGCAGGGAUGCCGCCGAGCGAUGUGCCGCGGCCCUCAUGGCCUCCCGGCGGAAGAACGAAGUCAAGCAGACGGCCAGAGCUGUGCCUCCCUCUCGGAUCACACGCAGGAGCACACAGGAAAGCCUGGCGGCGGGAGGGACAGGGCCAAAGCAGGAGCCGCACCCUCCGGCCACUUCCCAGGAGGCCUCUGGCAAUAAGCGGCCGCCCUCUUCGCCAGCCACCAGCUCCUCUGCCGCCUCUUCCUCGUCUGCAUCCAAACGGGCUCCGGCCUGCUCAGCCCCACAGCCUAAGCCCCUAAAGCGUUUCAAGCGAGCCGCAGGGAAGAAGGGCCCUCGCAGCCGGCAGGGCUCAGGCGCAGAGUCGGAAGACCUGUAUGACUUUGUUUUCAUUGUGGCCGGUGAAAAGGAAGACGGGGAAGAGAUGGAGAUCGGGGAAGUGGCUUGCGGAGCCCUGGAUGGAUCUGACCCCAGCUGCCUGGGACUCCCAGCCCUGGAGGCCUCCCAGCGGUUCCGCAGCAUUUCUACGCUGGAGCUCUUCACGGUCCCACUCUCCACGGAGGCGGCGCUGACGCUGUGCCACCUGCUGAGCUCCUGGGUGUCCCUGGAGAGCCUCACGCUCUCCUACAACGGCCUGGGCUCCAACAUCUUCCGCCUCCUGGACAGUCUUCGCGCCCUGUCGGGCCAGCCCGGGUGCCGCCUCCGAGCCCUGCAUCUCAGUGACCUGUUCUCACCAUUGCCCAUCCUGGAGCUGACCCGGGCCAUUGUGCGAGCCCUGCCCCUGCUGAGGGUCCUCUCCGUCCGAGUCGACCACCCCAGCCAGAGGGAUAAUCCGGCGGUGCCAGGGAAUAUGGGCCCCCCCAGACACAUGAUUGGGGAUGAAGAGAUACCAGAAAACUGCCUGGAACAGCUGGAAAUGGGGUUUCCAAGAGGAGCCCAGCCGGCUUCGCUGCUCUGCGCCGUCCUGAAGGCCUCUGGUUCUCUGCAGCAGCUGUCCCUGGACAGCGCUACCUUUGCCUCGCCCCAGGACUUUGGGCUUGUGCUGCAAACGCUCAAAGAGCACAACCUGGCACUGAAGAGGCUCAGCUUCCAUGACAUGAAUCUGGCGGACUGUCAGAGUGAGGUGCUCUUUUUGCUACAGAACCUGACGCUUCAAGAGAUUACCUUCUCCUUCUGCCGGCUGUUCGAGAAGCGCCCAGCCCAAUUUCUGCCUGAGAUGGUUGCUGCUAUGAAGGGGAAUUCCACACUGAAGGGCCUUCGGCUGCCGGGGAACCGCCUGGGGAAUGCUGGCCUGCUGGCCCUGGCAGACGUGUUCUCAGAGGACUCAUCCUCCUCGCUGUGUCAGCUGGAUAUCAGUUCCAACUGCAUCAAGCCAGAUGGACUUCUGGAAUUCGCCAAGCGGCUGGAGCGUUGGGGUCGUGGAGCCUUUGGUCACCUGCGCCUCUUCCAAAAUUGGCUGGACCAGGAUGCAGUCACAGCCAGGGAAGCCAUCCGGCGGCUCCGGGCCACCUGCCACGUGGUUAGCGAUUCUUGGGACUCCUCCCAGGCCUUCGCGGAUUACGUCAGCACCAUGUGACAGGGCCCUCCUCACAGGCCCCUGCAGAAGCUCAGCGUGGUGUGCCCAGAACUCCCGCCACCAAUUCUGUCUUUCUCUUUGGCCACCUUCCCCUCCCUCCUCCCUUUCACUGAGGUCCGGGAGGCCUUGAUGGGGCCCAUCAACAGCAUCCCCCACCUAGGCUUAGGCCAUCGGGCCCCUUUCUCAGUGCCCUGGAAACCCUGGCCAGGAGGUCACAAUGCUUAUUGGCCACCGAGGGCAGCCCCUGUCCCCCCCGCACCCCGCCCCAGGAUUCCUGCUUCCCUUCUCAGGCAGGUACCAGGCUUUAGGGACAUGUAGGGUGCCCACUACCAGCUCUCUUCUCUGGCGGGCUCACCAUGCUGCUCCCAGGCCUCAGUCCCUUUCAUACCUUUAUUCCUUUCUUUUUUUUAACCAAAAAAGUUUUUCUUAUAAAAUAAAUUUUGGGCAAACAUCA